AUGGCCAAGGAGUGGAAGGAAGCCGAGGAGAUGCGCAAGCACAGCCAGUGGGUCGAUGAAGAGAGCGACGUUCUCGGCAUGCUUCGCGCAGCCGGUGCGUACGCCUACUCGGGCGCGUCGCCAGCGUUUUGCGAGGAAAACCAUCUGCACGCCAAGAUCAUGGAGCAAAUGCUCAAGCUGCGCAGCCAGCUCACGCUCAUCGUCAACAAGCUCUUCUCGAACGAUGCGAGCUACACGCCCGUGGCCUUGCGCCCCAACAUGCCGCCGCCGAGCCCCGAGGAGCAAGACACGAUUCGCCAGAUCGUCGCGGCCGGGUACCUCGAUCACGUCGCGCACCGCGCCCCGCCGGGCACGAUCACGGAAGGCACCAAGAUUGAGCGCAACUGUGCGUACGUCUCGUGCAGCGGCCUCGUCAACGAGCCGAUCUACAUUCAUCCGCACUCGCAUGUCUUUACACGUGAGCCGGCCAAGCUGCCGCCAUUUGUGGUCUACAACACCAUUGUCCGGUCGUCGCGCGCGUGCAUGAAGACGGUGACCGCCAUCGAGCCCGAUUGGCUCUUUGCGAUUGCGCAGUCGUCGCCGCUCUGCAAGCUCUCCGAGCCGCUGACGGCCCCAUCGCCGCGCUACAAUGCAGCCUUGGACCGCGUCGACUGCUUUGUCAAGCCCGUGUACGGCGUGCACCAAUGGGAACUGCCCGUUGUGACGGUCGAGUACCCCGCGGGCACGAUGCGCGUGCGCUGGUUUGCGCGCUGCCUCUUGGACGGCGCGGUCGUGCCGUCGCUGCUGCCGUUCGCGACGCGGCUCAAGGAGCCGAGUGCCUCGCUCUUGCGCAAAAAGUUUGACGCCAAGAUCCAGCUGCUCGUCAUGGCCCUCGAGCGAAACGACAUUGCGACGCGCGCGACGCUCUGCGCGCAGUGGAAGAAGAACCCCAAGUUCCUCCUCGAUGAGCUCCUCAAGUGGAUCAAAGACGAGUACAAGACGACGCUCACCAAGGCGUGGCCGUCCAUCGUGCAGACCGAGCUGGCGCGGACACUUUAA